AUGUGCAACUUGAAGAACAGGGCGCCAUAUCCCGUCGGAAAUCAUAAAUCAAGACCACAACUUACAGAUCAGAACAUCAAUGGUGCCAAAUAUCGUAGAUCUAAACCAGAUCUUAUAGAUCUUAAUGAUGGAGGACACAACAAUGCCGGUGGUGGUUCACCGCAAAACCAACAAAGCCGACGCAUUGAUAUUUCUAUAUUUGAAAUUCCGGUGAUGGUUAUAGGUUUUAUCGUCGAUGGUCGGAGGCUGCAACAUGGAGUUUUCUUCGUCGGUGGUGUUAUCGGUGAUGAGACCAUCGGCAAUGGUGGUGGAUGUGGUGGUGUUCAUCAUAAAUGGUUGAAGAAGGUAUCAGAUCUAACAUAUCGAAUAAUAUAA